AUGGACAAAUAUCUGUCACCUCCUCAGAAUAUCCCAGACACCAGACAGCCAUCUUUCACGGAGGACCUUGGUUCCCCAUACAGCAUCAACAUGAGUCUCCUCCUACCUGACGUUACCUACCUGUGCCCCAGCCUGUGUCUGCCUAUGAGACCCAUCAAGACAGAGCCUCUCUCCCACUCCCUCAUCCAUCCCAGUUGCCAGUGCAACCCUGGUCCUACAACCCUUCCAGAACACCCUGGGCUGUAUGGCGCUUCGACAGACACAGGAAGUAGUCUGUUCAUUAAACAGGAAAUGUCCUCCCUGGACUUCCCAGACAAUCCGUUGUUCCAGCUGUUGAACUCUGAGCUGGAGCAGCUGGUGCCCGAUCAUCCGGUGAACACCAACCUCCACAGUGGGGUCCCUGUGUCCUCCUUGUCUGUCCCUUUCAGCAACGUCCACAUACCAUCCCCCCAGAUUGUUGUCAAAUCGAUGGGAUGCCCACAAAAAGAUGGCAAUCCUCUGACAACCCAGUUCGCAAGCCAUUCGCAGCAGCGACCAGACUAUCUUCCUCCGUCCCCGCCUAACUCUCAGCCAGGGAGCCCAGACAGAGGGAAAGAGCUGAUUCAGAAUCGUUCUCCGCCUUCAUCAUAUGCAGCCAGUAUUGCCUCGAAACUAAGACCUGGUCUUAGGCCAGUCCAAAGCUCUGGUCUAGGACCAGUUCCGAGCACCAAGAGGAUUAACCACAGGAAUAACCCUGACCUGGAGAGGAGGAGGAUACAUCACUGUGACAUUCCAGGAUGUAAGAAAGUCUACACAAAGUCCUCCCAUUUAAAGGCCCAUUUGCGGACACAUACGGGAGAGAAGCCGUACCAAUGCUCCUGGGAGGGAUGCGAGUGGCGCUUCGCUCGUUCCGACGAGCUGACACGCCACUUCAGGAAACACACAGGGGCCAAGCCAUUCCAGUGUGUUGUGUGUGACCGCUGUUUCUCCCGGUCUGACCACCUGGCUCUACACACGAAGAGGCACCGGAGCUAG